GUAUAUUUUCUAUAAUUGCUCAGACGCGACGGACGCCGCUUAUUGAAUUUCUUUCACCUUUCCUUAACUUUUUUAUCGGUUUUAUGAAAACAAAAAGUGUAAUUAAUUACAAAAUAUGUCGUCCGAUUCCGAGGACGAUUGUUAUGGAAACAUCGCACAGAGACUGCAAACUUUAAAAAACAAAUACAGAGACGAUAAAAUUGAAUGUUCAAAUCUUUUAAACGACUCUACAAAAUCAACAAACGAAUUGGAUGAAAUUGUGAAUAAAGCUGCUAUUCCUGCUGUAUGUGAGAUCAAAGAUAGUCCAGAAGUGGUUCAGACUGUCGAAAUUACCGAUGAUAAGGAAACCGAAGAUUUCAUUGAUAAUUUGUUAGCCACUACAUCUACUAGAGUAACGCGGGCUGGCGCGAAAAAAAGAAAUUUAAAUAUUAGUGUUCCAGAUUUAAAUUCAAAUCAUUCAAGGAAAAAGAAACGCGGGAGUAACGCGGUACAAUCGAACAUAGAUGAAACACGAUCUUCUAAUACAGAGAAUGUUAUAAUACAGACAAAUAGAAGCAGAGGAAGGAGCCGCGGUCAGAGUGGAUCGAGGACUAGUAGAGGUAGAAGAGGCAAGCGUCAGACAGAUUGGUCAUCUCAAGCAAUUCCUACGUAUAGUGUUGGUAAUACUGAUGAAUACCCAGAUCAAAGCAACGAGCAACAAUUAUUUAGUAAUGUCAAAAGCAAUGAUGUAGUUAUUAUUGAAGAGGAAGACCCAUUAGACGACAACGAGGAAUUGUCCGUUAAAGUCUAUUGGCAGAAUUCGGAGUUUUUCAAAUUCCCAAUACGUAAAUAUCAAAAAUUGACACAAAUAUUCAAUUACUUCUCCAAAAAAGAGAAUAUUAGUCAUGAUAAACUGUUACUUACUUAUAAUGAUCAUGUUCUAAAGCCCACUGAUACGCCCGACUCUAUAAAAUAUAACAUUGUUAAAUUCAUUGAUGGUGGUAUCGUUAAUCAGAGUGUUUCGAAAUUGACAACGAAAGAAAAGGAAAAAAUCACAGAAAACGGAGUCAAAAUUAAAUUCCAAUGUCAGAAUGUUAAACAGCCAUAUGUGACAACGAUACAAUGGGAAGACAAGUUAUCGUUGGCUAUGACAAAGUGCUCAGAACACUUUGAAUUACCAUUAGACAAGUUACGUUUCGAAUUUGAUGGUGAUACCAUAUCAGGUAAAUCCACACCCAAGGAACUGGAGUUUGAAGGUGGUGAAUGCAUUGAUGUAAAGGUGAUGAGCUGAUAGUUGAUAGGAUAAUUAUCGAAAUGUGUUCAAAACUUUUUUAGGAAAAUACCUAUAAAGGUAAUAUACCUACAAAAAUGGGUUCAUAUAUUUUGGGUGAACAUAUACCCCAAAAUUAGAGGUAAUGUACAAAUUGAAGAAUUAUACAAAUCUAUUAUUUUUCCAAAUAUAAAUAACUUUUACCCCAUUGGGGUACAUCAGUGGAAAUUUUAGUUAAUGCAGUAAAUAUAAGAUUUUGAGCCAAAUUGUUACUGUCCCUAAUGUGAUAAAACAAUCAUCCAGUGGCUACACUAUAUUGUUUUAUUUUUAAUGUUUAUAAAAAUGUAUCCAUUUUUUAGUACCUGGGACACAUGUUACUAUACGACAGGCCGUAUGCUUAUUUCUCACUGUUGUAAUAUAAACAGUAAGUUUUUUAUUUUUCUUUUACUUUUACUUAUUAUGGUAUAAGUAUUUAGAAAAAAAAAUACAAAACACUUAAAUGGCUUUAGUGUACCCCAUUUCAUCAUUUCAUUAUGGUAUUUCAUUACCGUGCUUUCGGUUUAAAUUAUUUUGUGAGAUAUAAUUGUGCUAGCCCUAGAGGUACCACCAUACCCACCUAAACUUACUGCCAUAGAGUUAGUCUAUAAUAAAGUCGAAUAACUCAGAGUAGAUACAAAUUUUGUGAUGAAUCAGAAAAAUUGUAUAUAAAUAUGUAAAAAAGCAACAUUUCAUUUGUUAUAAUAAUUUGAAAUUAUCCCAUCUUUAUUUAGGAUGACUACUAUCAAUUAAAUCUUUAAUUUUAAAAAACUAUAAUUUGCAAUCGAAUUAUAUCUAAUAUUGAAAGGGGGCGUACCCCCAAUUGGUAUUCGGUGACCCCACUUUUAAAAGGGGUAAUUAAAUGCCAGACCUAUAAUUUUAAUUGUAAAUACCAUUUUUAUCUAUUGAAUCGUAAAAUAAUUGUACAUUGUAUUAAUUUUAAUUAAAUGUAGCAGUAUGUAAAACUAUUAAGUGAUUAAUUAAAAUGUAUAUGAGAUACGUUUUCGAGAGCAAUAUGUACCUAAAUAGAUAAUAUUGUUUCAAAUGUAAAUGUUUUUGUUUUUUUUUUUUUAUUAAUAAAAAUAUUUG